GCGCAGGGUUGUACUUUUUGUACUGAACUGAUAGGUGGCCUAGUGGUUAUGCCCUGUACUACCAUUUUGAGGAUCUGGACUCCGUUCCUGCCUUGCUCUUUGGACCACAUUGUCAAUUCACACCGGAAAACUUGCUGUGAGCUCUUAAAAAGCAUAAAUUCUGCAAUUUCAAAGGUUUCCUGCUUUUGGCGUUCAAAAAGUGAAACAGUUGGCCUUGAAGGGCUGAAAUUUAGAAACUAUGUUCCAACUUCCUGUCAACAAUCUUGGCAGUUUAAGAAAAGCCCGGAAAACUGUGAAAAAAAUACUUAGUGACAUUGGGUUGGAAUACUGUAAAGAACACAUAGAAGACUUUAAACAGUUUGAACCUAAUGACUUUUAUUUGAAAAACACUACAUGGGAGGAUGUAGGACUAUGGGACCCUUCGCUUACAAAAAACCAGGACUAUCGGACAAAACCUUUUUGCUGCAGCGCUUGCCCAUUUUCUUCAAAAUUUUUCUCUGCCUACAAAAGUCAUUUCCGGAAUGUCCAUAGUGAAGACUUUGAAAAUAGGAUUCUUCUUAAUUGCCCCUACUGUACGUUCAAUGCAGACAAAAAGACUUUGGAAACACACAUUAAAAUAUUUCAUGCUCCAAACGCCAGCGCACCAAGUAGCAGCCUCAGCACUUUCAAAGAUAAAAGCAAAAGUGAUGGCCUUAAACCUAAGCAGGCUGACAGUGUAGAGCAAGCUGUUUAUUACUGUAAGAAGUGCACUUACCGAGAUCCUCUUUAUGAAAUAGUUAGGAAGCACAUUUACAGGGAACAUUUUCAGCAUGUGGCAGCACCUUACAUAGCAAAGGCAGGAGAAAAAUCACUCAAUGGUGCAGUCCCCUUAGGCGCAAAUGCCCGGGAGGAAAGCAGUAUUCACUGCAAGCGCUGCCUUUUCAUGCCGAAGUCUUACGAGGCUCUGGUCCAGCAUGUCAUCGAGGACCACGAGCGCAUAGGCUACCAGGUCACUGCCAUGAUCGGCCACACGAAUGUGGUGGUGCCCCGGUCCAAGCCCCUGAUGCUGAUUGCUCCCAAGCCUCAAGAGAAGAAGGGCAUGGGGCUCCAAUCGAGAAUUGGUUCCCUUGCUUCUGGAAACGUACGGUCUUUGCCGUCACAGCAGAUGGUGAACAGACUCUCAAUACCAAAGCCUAACUUAAAUUCCACGGGUGUCAACAUGAUGUCCAAUGUCCACCUACAGCAGAACAACUACGGAGUCAAAUCUGUAGGCCAGGGCUAUGGCGUUGGUCAGUCCAUGAGACUGGGGCUGGGUGGCAAUGCACCGGUCUCCAUCCCUCAGCAGUCUCAGUCUGUGAAGCAGUUACUUCCAAGUGGAAAUGGAAGAUCUUACGGUCUUGGGUCAGAGCAGAGGACCCAGGCACCAGCAAGAUACUCACUGCAGUCUCCGAAUGCCCCGCCUCUCUCUUCAGGCCAGUUAAAGUCUCCAUCCCUCUCCCAGUCACAGGCAUCCAGAGUAUUAGGUCAGUCCAGCUCCAAGCCAACUGCAGCUGCCACUGGCCCUCCACCACCCAAUACUUCCUCAACUCAGAAGUGGAAAAUAUGUACAAUCUGUAAUGAGCUUUUUCCUGAAAAUGUAUAUAGCGUGCACUUCGAAAAAGAACAUAAAGCUGAGAAAGUCCCAGCAGUAGCCAACUACAUUAUGAAAAUACACAAUUUCACUAGCAAAUGCCUUUACUGUAAUCGCUAUUUGCCCACAGACACUCUGCUCAACCAUAUGCUAAUUCAUGGUCUGUCGUGUCCGUAUUGCCGGUCAACCUUCAAUGACGUGGAAAAGAUGGCGGCUCACAUGCGGAUGGUUCACGUGGACGAAGAGAUGGGACCUAAAACAGAUUCCACUCUGAGUUUUGAUUUGACAUUGCAGCAGGGUAGUCACACUAACAUCCAUCUCCUUGUAACCACGUAUAACCUGAGGGAUGCUCCUGCUGAGUCUGUUGCUUACCAUGCCCAAAAUAACCCACCCAUCCCUCCAAAGCCACAGCCAAAAGUGCAGGAAAAGGCAGAUAUUCCUGUUAAAAGCUCACCUCAAGCUGCAGUGCCCUAUAAGAAAGAUGUUGGGAAAACCCUCUGCCCUCUUUGCUUUUCAAUCCUGAAAGGACCCAUAUCCGACGCACUUGCACAUCACUUACGAGAGAGGCACCAGGUGAUUCAGACAGUCCAUCCAGUGGAGAAGAAACUCACCUACAAGUGCAUCCACUGCCUCGGCGUGUACACCAGCAACAUGACCGCCUCGACCAUCACCCUGCACCUGGUCCACUGCAGGGGCGUGGGCAAGGCCCAGAACGGCCAGGACAAGACAAACGCACCUUCGCGGCUGAACCAGUCCCCCGGCCUGGCACCUGUGAAGCGCACUUACGAGCAAAUGGAGUUCCCCUUGCUGAAGAAGCGAAAGUUAGAUGAAGAUAGCGAUUCACCCGGCUUCUUUGAAGAGAAGCCUGAGGAGCCUGUUGUUUUAGCUUUAGACCCUAAGGGUCAUGAAGAUGAUUCCUAUGAAGCCAGGAAAAGCUUCCUAACAAAAUAUUUCAACAAACAACCUUAUCCCACCAGGAGAGAAAUUGAGAAGCUGGCGGCAAGCUUAUGGUUGUGGAAGAGUGACAUUGCUUCCCAUUUUAGUAACAAGAGGAAGAAGUGUGUCAGAGACUGUGAAAAGUACAAGCCUGGUGUGUUACUGGGCUUCAACAUGAAAGAGUUAAACAAAGUUAAGCAUGAGAUGGAUUUUGAUGCUGAGUGGCUAUUUGAAAAUCAUGAUGAGAAGGAUUCCAGAGUCAAUGCUAGUAAAACAGCAGACAAAAAGCUCAAUCUUGGGAAGGAAGAUGACAGUUCCUCAGACAGUUUUGAAAAUUUGGAGGAAGAAUCCAAUGGGAGUGAUAGCCCUUUUGACCCUGUUUUUGAAGUUGAGCCUAAAAUCCCUAAUGAUAACGCAGAGGAACACAUACCGAAGGUAAUUUCUGAAGAUGCUUUAGAAACUGAGAAGCUAGACCAAAAAGAGGAGGAUGGUUCAAAAUAUGAAACUAUUCAUUUGACUGAGGAGCCAACCAAACUAAUGCAUGAGGCCUCUGAUAGUGAGGUUGACCAAGAUGAUGUUGUUGAGUGGAAAGAUGGUGCUUCUCCAUCUGAGAGCGGCCCUGGUUCCCAACAGGUGUCAGACUUUGAGGACAACACGUGUGAGAUGAAAACAGGAACCUGGUCCGAUGAGUCUUCCCAGAGUGAAGACGCGAGGAGCAGUAAGCCAGCUGCCAAAAAAAAGGCUUCCGUGCAAGGUGACAGAGAGCAGUUGAAGUGGAAGAAUAGUUCCUAUGGAAAAGUUGAAGGGUUUUGGUCCAAGGACCAGUCACAGUGGAAGAAUGCAACUGAAAAUGAUGAGCGCUUAUCCAACCCACAGAUUGAGUGGCAGAACAGCACAAUUGACAGUGAGGAUGGGGAGCAGUUUGACAACAUGACUGAUGGGGUGGCUGACCCGAUGCACAGCAGCUUGACGGGGGUUAAACUGAGCAGCCAGCAGGCGUAAGGGCCGGCUUCUCUGGCAUUGGUGGCAAAUGCUGCAGCCUGGAACUCUGUUCUGUCAGUUAUGACUGCAAAGCUGUGUUCUAACUGGUACUGUCUUCUGAGUGCGGGGUCAUCAGGCGGUGGGGACGUGUGGCCACGCCAAUCCCAGUGGCUAUUUCUAAGUCUGUGACACAUGAUUGGCUGAUCUUGCUUUAGAACGCUCUGUGACAGACAAAGUAACUAAAUGUGAAAAACCAAUAAGCUGGUGGCUCAUGAACGCACACGAGAAAAAGCAGAGGUUUGUCUUACCUGCCUUCUCUACAUUUCUUUCCCUCUGUAAAACAGUGUCUGGUUGGACGUCCUUGAGAAGCGUUCUCCUGAUUAAAUGGUAGUGUAGGGCCAACACACAAGCUGCCAGUCCAAUGUGUACAGUGGACUUUGGGGAAAUCAAUUUUUUUCAUGUAUUCAUUCUGAAUAGUUGAAAUGUAUAUUUGUACAGUCUUUUAGACCUAUUCAAGUGAUGCUUACGAUAUUGUUAUUGUGUAGCCAUCAUAGAUGCGUUUCUUUUUUUAGUGUUGCCCUUGCUGUGUAAUAAGCGCUGUAUCUAGUUGACCUAGCAAAAGCCUGAAACUGCGCUAGUGUGGACUUCGGGACAGACUUAGUUUUUGCACAUAACCUUGUACAAUCUCGCGACAGAGGCCAGCCACAUAAGAUAUAUAUCUGGACUCUCUUGUAUUAUAGAAUUUUUCUUGUUCUGAAUAUCCUUGACAUUACAGCUGACAAAAACAAAAACUGGUAUUUCAGAUGUUUUCUGAAAUCUUUUAAGCUAAAAAUCACAUGCAAGAAUUGACUUUGCAGCUACUAAUUUUGACACCUUUUAGAUCUGUAUGGAAGUGUGUUGUGUUGAAGCAGCAGGCCAAUGAGUGCUGCGUUUUGGAUAUUUAGUUUUCUCUUUAGUUAAACACCACCCUGGUGUAUUCAUUUAUACCAUCUAAUAUAUGACACACUGUUGUAGUAUGUAUAAUUUUGUGAUCUUUAUUUCCCUUUGUAUUCAUUUUAAGCAUCUAAAUAAAUUGCUGUAUUGUGCUUAAUGUAAAUACUUACUUGCUUUAUUACGCCUUCCAGUCCUGUGUGUCCAUUACAUCUUGUACCAGUUGAUGCCGUGGCUUCCUCAGCAGAGAUGGCGGCACGGCCACUGAGGAGACUUGUGGAAGACCAAGAAUGGCAUCAAGAAGGCUUUCUCUCAAGGCUCUUGUUACAGAUUCUUUGAUUUGGUUUGGCCUUUGUCUGUUACCUUUUUAAUCACUAAAAUAAACAUCCUUGA